CCUUGCAGCCGGGCCAACGCCUUCGCCUAGGGCUACUUGGCGAGGCGCCGCUUCUCCGGAGCUGAGCGACCGGAGCGCUUUCGGCAGGCGGUGCUCUGUUUCCCCAGUUCAUUUCUCUGCAGCUCCUGCCUUGACAGGUGCUAGUGUCGGUGCUCGUCGCAGACGCAUUCUGACUCGGGCCCUUCCUCUCUCUCUCUGGAGACUGCCUAUGGCUGGGGACCGAGUGAGGUCGUUGCCUUGACGACGGCAGCAUGCGGCCCGCAGUCCUCGGAAGUGUGAGCUUGCGGAGGGCAGAAGCCAAUCUGCCUCCCUGCCUGCUUCACCUAGGACCAGUAACUGCGUCCGCAAAGGAAAUCCCAAUACUGGGAUUGCUAGUUUGCUAGUCAGCAUCUUUUUAGAUCUGCUAGCGAGAUGCAUAUCACCUCGAUUUUGUUUCCAAGUUGAAAACCUUUGGCUCUUUCCAUGUGAAGGGUUUGGAAGAAAUACAAGAAAAAUUCCUACUGGUUUUAAAGCAAAAUGGAAAAGUACGAGAACCUAGGAUUGGUUGGAGAGGGGAGUUACGGAAUGGUGAUGAAGUGUAGGAACAAAGACAGUGGAAGAAUUGUGGCCAUUAAGAAGUUCUUAGAAAGCGACGAUGAUAAAAUGGUCAAGAAGAUUGCUAUGCGAGAAAUCAAGUUACUAAAGCAACUGCGGCAUGAAAAUUUGGUGAAUCUGUUGGAAGUAUGUAAGAAAAAAAAACGUUGGUACCUAGUCUUUGAAUUUGUUGACCACACGAUUCUUGAUGACUUGAAACUCUUUCCAAAUGGACUAGACUAUCAAGUAGUUCAGAAGUAUUUGUUUCAGAUUAUUAAUGGAAUUGGAUUUUGCCAUAGUCACAAUAUCAUACACAGAGAUAUAAAGCCUGAGAAUAUAUUAGUCUCCCAGUCUGGCGUUAUAAAAUUAUGUGACUUUGGGUUUGCACGGACAUUGGCGGCUCCAGGGGAGGUUUACACUGACUACGUGGCUACCCGGUGGUACAGAGCUCCAGAACUGCUGGUUGGCGACGUCAAGUAUGGCAAGGCUGUUGAUAUCUGGGCCAUUGGUUGCCUGGUCAUUGAAAUGCUUAUGGGGCAACCACUGUUUCCAGGGGAAUCUGAUAUUGAUCAGCUACAUCAUAUUAUGACAUGUUUAGGUAAUUUAAUUCCAAGACACCAGGAGCUAUUUUAUAAAAAUCCUGUGUUUGCUGGAGUAAGGUUGCCUGAGAUCAAAGACACAGAAGCAGAACCGCUCGAGAGCCGUUAUCCUAAGCUCCCUGAAGUUGUGAUCAGUUUAGCAAAGAAAUGCUUGCACAUUGACCCAGACAAAAGGCCGUUCUGUGCUGACCUUCUACACCAUGAUUUCUUUCAAAUGGAUGGAUUCGCUGAGAGGUUUUCUCAAGAAUUGCAGUUAAAAAUAGAGAAAGAUGCCAGGAAUAAUUCUUUACCUAAAAAGUCUCAAAACAGAAAGAAAGAAAAAGAUGAUGCCUCAGGUGAAGAAAGAAAAACACUUGUGGUGCAGGAUACCAAUGCUGAUCCCAAAAUUAAGGAUUCAAAAGUGUUCAAAAUAAAGGGGUCAAAAAUUGAUGUCGAGAAGACGGAAAAAGGAAGUAGAGCUUCAAAUGCCAACUGUCUCCAUGACAAUGGGACAAACCACAAAGGCUUGCCUUCUACAAGCCUCCGAGACUGCAGCAAUGUCAACAUUGAUCACUCAAGGAAUCCAGGCACAGCGAUUCCUCCCCUCACGCACAAUCUUUCUGCAGUCACUCCUGGCAUGAAUGCUGGAAUGGGAACUAUUCCUGGAGUUCAGAAUUACAGAGUGGAUGAGAAAACUAAGAAAUACUGUAAUCCAUUUGUUAAACCAACUCAGCCUUCUCCAUCAGGGAUUUAUAAUAUGAAUGUGAGCACAUCCGUCUCAGGUGACAAGUACCUCCUCCAGGCAAGCAAGAAGAGGAAGGAGUACUCCAAAGCAGACGUGCGAUUGCCUGAACUGAACUACAACCACCUUCCUGAACUGAGAGCUUUGGAAGGCAUAGCUCGAAAUUCUAGGCUAGUAAAGAAAGAGAACAAAUGUCUUUCAGAAUCUCGAAUUCCUUCUCUGGCUGCCAUUGACCUGCAUGCGUCCAGUGUUGCAUCGCACCAGAUGCUGCCAGCACUUGAGAUGACAUCCUCUUGCACGAGAGCACUGAUGCCCCAGAGGAGAUCUGCGGUUUGACUGUUUCCUUCUGGAAACCUACGCUUUCUAAGAAAGGCUUUGCAGAAGAAGGGAAGACGGACUUCCAAAGACUUCAAAGGAAGAGUGAACAGGCGUCCCUUCACCUUUCCAACCUGUGAUGCUAUUUCAGGAUAUAUCCAUGGAACAGUAGUGACGUGGUUCUUGUUACAUGAAUGUGUAUUUGAUAUUAGUAGAUUGUGUAUUUAAAGUUAUCUGAGAUUAAAAGUCAGUAAAAAAGGAGAGAAUCAUUAUAAAAGGUCAUGAUUUUAUGCAUUGAACUUAGUGUAUUAUCUAUAUAAAUGUUUACAGUUGAAGAAAAUGAAAAAAAAAAGCUAGGAUCUAUAAGAGAAAAGUUUCCUUUACCUUAACUAUAAGAACACAUUUUGAAAGCUUGCUUCUCAGCAUGAGAGUGGUGCAAGACUGUGGUUGGGCUAGACUGUGUCCCUGUUUUCUGUCUUUGUUGAAUGACAGGUCUCUACUGAUCUAAGAACUGUGCUAUUGCGAAUCUGGCAGAGACUCCUUUUGUCCUAAUGACUGUGGCAUUGGCUAGUGUUCUGUAUUGAGAGAUUCUGGUGAUAAUGUUGUGCAUGAAAGGACAGAAUGGAUGCUGUGUGGGGGAGAGUUUUGUGGGUGCACCUUUGAAAAUCUUUUUCUCCUUGAGGAAAAAGGUAUAAAAUAUAAAAAUAAGAGACUGGCGCAGAACUGCCUGGCAGUCUGUCUGGUGCUCCUGGCUAGGCCAGUUGCCACUGAGUCACCCAACCAAAGAGGCUUUUGGAGGCUUUGAUGGAGUCCACUCUUGUCUCUGAUAGUUUGAGGUUGAUAGUGGACAACCCACAGAAGUUCCUAUUGCCCCAUUACCUUAGCCUUACCCCAAAGCCUUUACCAAGGUGGACAGUCAUUUGCGUGUAUGCCACAGAUGCUUUCUGAUGGAUAGGGUUACAACCAGUUAGGUGGGAGGAUUGGCCCAUUUCGAUUCCGGGGUCUUAGUGUCUGGUUUCCAGCCAUGCUCCCCAUUUGUCAUUUGAGAAAAUAGUUAUUCAGGGGGCCACAUUUGUGUAGUGUUUUUGCAUUAACCAACUAAUCCGAAUCUCUUUUUUUAAGCUGUUGACUAGAACUCAGCCUAAGAAUUGAACAAGAAUUCUACAUUCCCCUGGGAGACUUAAAAAUGAAAUCCUAAAUGUGGAUGCUUGGAGUAGAUGUUCAGGAUGAGGCAAAAUAAAUGGUUCCAACAUGAACAUAUCUGUUGGUAAUAGUGGAAUAAAGGCCGAUUUUUAUUUAAAAGAUGUAUUUUAGACCUCUGACCAAUGGUUUGCCUAGAUUAGUAAGACUAACAUGCUGAUACAACUCAAUAUAUGAGUAGUAAUAGGCUUUCUACUAAAAUACCACUAUUUAUUGUUAUUUUGAAAAUAUUGCCAGCAGCUAGCAGCAUGGGGAGGAGAGAGCCCUUGGAGCUGACCGGGCCCAGCCAAUUUCAGGGCUGUUCGCAAGUAAAGGCUAAUGUGCGAGCAUCAGCCUGACCACGCGGGGUCUGUGUCAGCUGCCUUAUCGUUUGUAUGCUUGACUUUGGUAUCUUUGGUCUGUUAAGAUACUUCAUUUCUUAAGUCCUUAUUGAUAUCUGAAGAUCAUAUUUUGUUAGACCUUGGUGUGGAACUAAAGAAGUAAACGCUGUUCAGAUGAAAUUUCUAGGUACUAAACCAACAUAUUCUCUUUUUUUUUCACUGCGUGGAUGUUUAGUCUUUUCCUACAAGAAUGUGAUUUAUGUAAACAUGCUAAUGUAAAAUCAGUUUAUGUACUUUUGGGAGACUGUGGGCUUACUGUGCCCACCUGUGUUUUAAAAUUAAUAAAUACUGUCUAAGCACGAUAAAUGGUUUUAAUUCGUAUUAAGAGAUUAUAAAUAGUAUACAUACCAGUAUAUGGUAUUAAUAAAUAAAAUUGAAAUAGUUAA